AAGCAUUUCAAGUAAUUUAUCUCCCUUAACGCUGGGAGGUGAGGGGAGACGCCGGGUCUCGCCAGAAGAGGGCGCGCGUCCGUCCUUUCCGCCGCCUCCCAACCCACCGAGGCUUCCAGGCUCCCACGCUCGCUCCCGGGCGCGUACCCGCCCUCCGCGUCACGUGACGUGGCCGCGGACCCUGAGCUGCCGGGUCUGAACCGUGCUAAAUUCGUUGCCGGUGGGCACUGCGGAAGCAACCACAAGGGCUAAUCUGAAGGAGUGGGGGCGGUCUGUAGGCCGAUGCUUCCUCUUCCAAGUCAGGUCGGCUCCAGUUACCGUCUCACCAUUCUCCGUUCCCGUCUCCCGGAGCGCCUGCAUGAGCUCUUUCGCGUGGGGAAGCUCCGGUGACCAUGUAGGGGGAAAGAGUGAGGAAGCUCCGCGUGCUCUGGACGAGGCCAGCGCUGUCGGCACGCCGCCGCGGCGCCCACCACAUCCCCGGUGCGGGCCGCGGGGCCCGUGGGCCCGGCUGGGAACUCCGGCCUUCGCUUGCGGCCUGGCUGCGAGCACUGCGAAUUCUCGCGUCGUCUCGCGAGAGUCUAAGUUGAAGGAACAUGGCGACGUCUAAUCUGUUAAAGAAUAAAGGUUCUCUUCAGUUUGAAGACAAAUGGGAUUUCAUGCGCCCAAUUGUUUUGAAGCUUUUACGCCAGGAAUCUGUUACAAAACAGCAGUGGUUUGAUCUGUUUUCGGACGUGCAUGCAGUAUGUCUCUGGGAUGAUAAAGGCCCAGCAAAAAUCCAUCAGGCUUUAAAAGAAGAUAUUCUUGAGUUUAUUAAGCAAGCACAAGCACGAGUACUGAGCCAUCAAGAUGAUACAGCUUUGCUAAAAGCAUAUAUUGUUGAAUGGCGAAAAUUCUUUACGCAAUGUGAUAUUUUACCGAAACCUUUUUGUCAACUAGAGAUUACUUUAAUGGGUAAACAGGGCAGCAAUAAAAAAUCAAAUGUGGAAGACAGUAUUGUUCGCAAGCUUAUGCUUGAUACAUGGAAUGAGUCAAUCUUUUCAAAUAUAAAGAACAGGCUCCAAGACAGUGCAAUGAAACUGGUACAUGCUGAAAGAUUGGGAGAAGCUUUUGAUUCUCAGCUGGUCAUUGGAGUAAGAGAAUCUUAUGUUAACCUUUGUUCUAAUCCUGAGGAUAAGCUUCAAAUUUAUAGGGACAAUUUUGAGAAGGCAUACUUGGAUUCAACAGAGAGAUUUUAUAGAACGCAGGCACCCUCGUAUUUACAACAAAAUGGUGUACAGAAUUAUAUGAAAUAUGCAGAUGCUAAAUUAAAAGAAGAAGAAAAACGAGCACUACGUUAUUUAGAAACAAGACGAGAAUGUAACUCUGUUGAAGCACUUAUGGAAUGCUGUGUAAAUGCCCUGGUGACAUCAUUUAAGGAGACUAUCUUAGCUGAAUGCCAAGGCAUGAUCAAGCGAAAUGAAACUGAAAAAUUACAUUUAAUGUUUUCAUUGAUGGACAAAGUUCCCAAUGGGAUAGAGCCAAUGUUGAAAGACUUGGAGGAACAUAUCAUUAGUGCUGGCCUGGCAGAUAUGGUAGCAGCUGCUGAAACUAUUACUACUGACUCUGAGAAAUAUGUUGAGCAGUUACUUACACUAUUUAAUAGAUUUAGUAAACUCGUCAAAGAAGCUUUUCAAGAUGAUCCACGAUUUCUUACGGCAAGAGAUAAGGCAUAUAAAGCAGUUGUUAAUGAUGCUACCAUAUUUAAACUUGAAUUACCUUUGAAGCAGAAGGGGGUGGGGCUGAAAACUCAGCCUGAAUCAAAAUGCCCUGAACUGCUUGCCAAUUAUUGUGACAUGUUGCUAAGAAAAACACCAUUAAGCAAAAAACUAACCUCUGAAGAGAUUGAAGCAAAGCUUAAAGAAGUGCUCUUGGUACUUAAAUAUGUACAAAACAAAGAUGUUUUUAUGAGGUAUCAUAAAGCUCAUUUGACACGACGUCUUAUAUUAGACAUCUCUGCUGAUAGUGAAAUUGAAGAAAAUAUGGUAGAGUGGCUAAGAGAAGUUGGUAUGCCAGCAGAUUAUGUAAAUAAGCUUGCUAGAAUGUUUCAGGACAUAAAAGUAUCUGAAGAUUUGAACCAAGCUUUUAAGGAAAUGCACAAAAAUAAUAAAUUGGCUUUACCAGCUGAUUCAGUUAAUAUAAAAAUUCUGAAUGCUGGUGCUUGGUCAAGAAGUUCUGAGAAAGUCUUUGUCUCACUUCCUACUGAACUGGAGGACUUGAUACCUGAAGUAGAAGAAUUCUACAAAAAAAAUCAUAGUGGUAGAAAAUUACAUUGGCAUCAUCUCAUGUCAAAUGGAAUUAUAACAUUUAAGAAUGAAGUAGGUCAAUAUGAUUUGGAGGUAACCACGUUUCAGCUGGCUGUGUUGUUUGCAUGGAACCAAAGACCUAGAGAGAAAAUAAGCUUUGAAAAUCUCAAACUUGCAACUGAACUCCCUGAUGCUGAGCUCAGAAGGACUUUAUGGUCUUUAGUGGCUUUCCCAAAGCUCAAACGGCAAGUUUUAUUGUAUGAACCUCAAGUCAACUCACCCAAAGACUUCACAGAAGGUACCCUCUUCUCAGUGAACCAGGAGUUCAGUUUAAUAAAAAAUGCAAAAGUUCAGAAAAGGGGUAAAAUCAACUUGAUUGGACGCUUGCAGCUCACUACAGAAAGGAUGAGAGAAGAAGAGAAUGAAGGGAUAGUGCAACUAAGAAUAUUAAGAACCCAGGAAGCUAUCAUACAAAUAAUGAAAAUGAGAAAGAAAAUUAGUAAUGCUCAGCUGCAGACUGAAUUAGUAGAAAUUUUGAAAAACAUGUUCUUGCCACAAAAGAAAAUGAUAAAAGAGCAGAUAGAGUGGCUGAUCGAGCACAAGUACAUCCGAAGAGAUGAGUCCGACAUCAACACCUUCAUCUACAUGGCGUAACCUUGAAUACCAUCGACAAAAGUGCGUGGGCAGAAAGUUUCAACAGUUUGUGCUGGAGAAAGGUUUAUUUGGACUUUGAUUACAUAAAUAAUCUCUGCCUUACCUUACAGAGCAACUCUAUUUUGCCAAUCACAGUAGUUAGCAUGGUGGCGUUCCCUUCAUGUUGCACACUCUUUAACAGCAUGCUGUUUUGUGGAGAAACUUGCAUUCAUGAAGAGCCCUUUAUGAACUUUUAAAAGUAAAUUUGAUUUAUACCCACCGGGAGAAAUAUAGUUGGGAAGGGUUGAGGGCGGGGUUCUUGUUGCUUUUUUUCCUCUCUUAGAAAAAUGUACUUGCACAAGGAAGGAUUUUCAGAUAUUCAUGCACUGAAAAAUACUGUUAUCUUUUGUUCUUAAAAAAUGCAAUUAAAACUAGAAAUAGCACUGUUGGUUUCUUUUUGAAAAGAGUGAGCUGAUCAGUGCAACAUUGGGAAAGCGCAGAUACAGGCGAGAAGUAUUUAAGAAUAUCAAAUUGUUUGUUCAAACACUGCUUCAGUAUAGUAACUGGAUUUUAAUGGUGACCUAAAAAUGGUAUUAAAUAUUUCUAACUUACAAAUGUUGGGUUUCUUUAAGUAGGAGACUGCUGUUUUAGCUGUUUGUUGUUAAAUGAUGAGGUGUUUUUUGUUUUAUUUUUUUUUUAAUCUUACAUGGCUGGGCAGCUUGUUUUGAAAAAGUGAAGCUUAUGUUAAUUGUUGCUUCAACUGUUAAAAAAAAAUUAUGGAGAUAGCUAGGUCAUUAUGAUUGCAGAGUCAAAAUAGCGAAACAAACGUAUUAAGUGUGUUUAUUAACACACUUAAUAUUUAUAUACCUAAUAUUUAUUAUGCAUAUCUAAAUUUAUUAAAAACAAUGCAGAGAUCUCCUGCUCUGAUAUAAUACAGUUAUGUAACUGAUCUCUUAAUCUGUAGUGUAGAACUAUUUUGGUAUUUUGAAGUCUCAUGAUUAGGGAUUUAUAGCCUCAGGUUUCCAGAAAGAAAGACAUUUCUCUUUUAAAAGGUCAUAAUUAAGUCAUCAGUCACCUAGAAGGAAGAGAAAAAACACAAGACCUGAAAAGCAUAAGCAAAAUUGCUGCAAUCUUAAUAUGAGCAGUAAACUUGCCAAAUAUAUGUACAUAUAUAUUUAUAUAUUUUAAAAAUAAACAUUUUUAAAAUGUUCAGAAGGCAACAUUUACCAUGUUCCUUUCAGUCAAUCCAAAGUAGCAACUUACAAGUUGCUGGCAACUGAAUAACCCAGAGUAGUAGAAAUGUUAAGACUUGAGGACUUGAACAAUUUAAAAGAGAACAAUUUAUUCCCCAUUGGGAAACGAUGCCUCAACAUGCAUUUUUACUCAUUGUGGUGCACGUUUCAAAUUUUCUUGCAAAUUAUUUUAUAUCUUGUUUGAUGUUAAGUAAUAUUUCUAUAGGAAACGGAGUGCAGAAAGGCAUUCAGUAUUACAUUACAGCAGAGUGCUUCUAGGAACAUUGCGUAGAAUCUGUACCCAACCUCGAGGCUUUGUGAGCUGCCUGCUAGAAAGGAAAAUAAAUUUAAAACAUUUAAGGUUUUGCUGAUUACAGCUAUAUAUCUGUUCUGAAACUCAUAGGAAAUUGGAAUUUGGUUUAUAAUUUAAAAUCUGAAUGCAUCUUUAAGGUAGCAUAUGUCAAUUACUAGAACAAGUAUAUUGUGAUGAAUUAAACUAAAAUUAGUGCUCACUGUCUUCUCUAAUUAGAUGACUGCUAACAAAGGGUAAAUUUGAAAUUUAGAAGAGAGAGUUUGUGUCUGACAGAUAGUUUGGUAUUGGCAUGUCUGCUUGUCCUGCUACAAGAAUGCCAAAGGAAGAAACAAUGGGAGGAACAAUUACAGGCCAUUUUUUAAAAUUUAGGAUUUGUUGUUUUAAACCUUAAUUGUUCUCAGUAGUCUUUGGAAUUUCUGAUCUUUUUGGUCAUUUAAGAAUGAGAGCCAUGAUGUUUGAUUUAUAAAGGCAAAUUUAAUGCAAAAGUGGGUAACACUAAAUCCAUUGUGAAGUUUUCUAUUAAAUUUUAUAACUUUUUUAAUAGCUAAUUAUGUCCUAAUUGUAUUUUGGGGAUUGAAUAGCAGCAAAUACUGUAACCUUACAGUUUUCAUCACUUUUUUUGUUACAUAUACGAAAGUUUAACUACUUUUUGGUGUUUAUGGGAAACCAAUUUAGUUGACAAGGUGCCUAUAUUAUUGUUGAAUUUUCUUUUAAUAUUUUGACAAUAGAUUUGCUAGUUAAAUAAAAGAAUGAAAAUAUUACCAGCAGUUUGCUAAAGGUACAGAAUCACAGUUAGUAUCCUUUAUCAGGUCUCUUGUCUACAAAUGUGCACUUAAAAUUAGUGCUAUAUGAGCAGGGAGGAAGCCUGAUAUAGUUAAGGGAAAAGAAAACACUCCCCCUAAAAUAUACAUGCAUAUAUAUUUAAUUUUUUAUGAUCAACGUGGCAAUAGGAUACUUCACAGGUUAACUUAAGCUUUGAACACUCAUCUAAAGAUGGGUGUGUCUGAAAAACAUUAACCUUUGUUGCCAUCUCAUUGCCAGAAUAAGUAGACAUGAAAGGAAGUGAAAAUGUGUAACAAUUUUGAUGCUUACUAUGGAAUAAACAUUAGAACAUUACUGCUCCAGUGAUUUAAUGAGGAUCUUGAAAUAAAUUCUGAAGUCUUCCGAUUUUUACAUGUAUUAGAGGGGUCCCUAUUCUUUCAACUUGUUUAAGUCUCUUGCUCUUAUUUUGUGCAUAAAUGUUAAAAUUUCCAAAAUGAAAUGUUAGUUUUUCUUACUUUUACUUUUUAUUAAAUUUAAUACAAAAUACAACCCGAAUAAAAAAGUUGUUUUAGUUAAAAAGUAUUUUGCAUUAUUUGCAGUAGGAUGUCAUUAGUGCUGCUCAAGGGGCAAAUUUUAAAACUUCAAUUUGGGUGAAAGAUUUGCUAGUUUUACAGAAAGAUUUGCUAUCUUAAACUCAAGCUUGUUUUUCUAUUUUCAUGUAAAUGACUGGGAUGCUGUCUUAUAAAUUCUUCCAAGGUCAUGUUUGUGAAAUAAACAUCACAUGAGCGCUUUCCUGUCAUCUACACCAUAUGCCAUCUGGAGUGUUGAACAAAUUUGAGUUCCUAAGUUGUCAUCUAUCUUCAUCUGGUCUAUACAAUUUUGAAUGUGUGCCACUACAUACUGAGAUGAUAAUGCUGUACAAUUUUAAAUGGUAGCAGUUUCUGUAUGCAGUAGGCUGAAAUAUUUUGAUGAACUGCUUAAUUUUUGGAUUUUAUUUUUUAAGUUGUAUAAUUUAUUUUCUUGCAAAAUAAAAAUGUAAUAUAAAA